GUGGUCAUCUACACGUGGUGCGUUUCAUGGCAGACAUCUUCCGGCGGCUACCGCUCCUGUUACUAGCAUCUCUUCUGCUGCUUCUUCUCGUCUUUUUGCGCGYCUUCGUCGUGACGCGGCCUCCUGGGCGUAGACAGAGACGACAAGUGGAUAGGAAGACGACGAUGGACAGGCGGGACAGCUCCGUCGGACAGCAGAGACAUGUGAUGGAUUUCUCCAUUCCUGAUCGGCCCCGGUCCGGCCAUCGACCCGCCGCAUACGACCCGUCCUUGUACAGUCAUCUUCCACCGCACGAACAGCCGCUACCGCCGGAUCCGGAGGACGUCUGGGUUGAGGAUUUGUCGCACACACUUCCUCUGGGGAGUGGAUCUACGCAGGAGUGGACGAGCAGGCAGUGCCAGCAGARGGAAGCAAGGACCACGCGCGAGUCGUUCACCGCAUUGCUGGAGGAGGGUGUCGACAACGCCGCCACGGAGCUUGUGGACUUGGAUUUCGGAUUGUGCAGCGGGAGUGGUGCAAGUGGUCCGAUCCACGGCGGAGGGGUGGUGGGAUUGCCAACGUUGGGAGGAGGAUCGUCCCGUGUCGGUGGGCCGAUGAAUAGGUGUCGUCCACCGGUCCCGAGUUCCAUGGGCGCCGGGCCACUUGGCGAGUCGUCAAGGGCAGUGACACCCAUCCGCCCGUCGGUGUCUUCGCCUACAAUGCGGCAGAGGGCGACCGCAAGUGCUGCAAUCAAUGAUGGGACUCCAUCGAAAGACAUCGGGAGGCAGGCGUGGGAGAACUGCCGCCUACAGAUGCGGCGUGCUGCCACGGAGAACAUAACCAUCGGUGUGUCCAGGCUUCGUGUGGGGAGCGACGUGGAUGCGGACGACAGUCGUCGAGCGAGUGGGGACGAGUCUCCGGAUUCCCGUUACGAAGAGGACGCGGAAGGCGGUGAGGGGCUGGAGAUCCGACCCGUGGCUGCGCGUGGUGGACGGAGGGGAGGACGCGGACGUCAGCAGAGGGGCGAGUCGCGUGGUGGCCGAGGAUCGAGGGCUCCUGUGGGCGACAAGGGUGGCAAGCACCCAGCUUGGAGUGUGGAGGAGAUGCUGAAGCUCGCUCGAGCGAAGCGGGAUCAGCAAGCUCAUUUCGAGGGAAUGCCACAGCACUACGGCCGCAUGCGCAACAGGGAGUGGAAGUUGUUGGACCUGCAGAAGCGGCUGGCGGAGGUCGGAGUGGACAGGACAACGGACGACGUAGGGAAGAAGUGGGACAACGUCUUCCAGCAGUACAAGAAGGUGCAGCGUUACCAGAACAUGUCCGGCGGGAAGAACUUCUUCACAUUAACUCCUGCAACGAGAGCGGAUGAGGGUUUCAACUUCCGAAUGGAUGAGCGAGUCUUCAAUGAGAUCGACAACAUAUCGAAAAAUAACAAAACCAUCUACUUGGACAACGUGGCAGACACGAGCGCACGCGGAGGAGUGCCGCCAGCAAUGGAUGGUCACCGCCAGGCGGCCGUUGGUGGAGAGUCCUCUGUUGGUGGAGAGGGGGGUGAUGGCGUUGAUGAAGAUGUGGGUUCAGCGCGGGAGACGAGGUUCAAUGCAGGGAGCACGGGCACUCCAGCGAAGAGGAAGAACAUGCGGCAGCAGACCUUCGACGCCAUCGCCGAAGUCAUGGACAAACACGGUUCAUUGAUGGCGGACACAGUAGAGGGUGCGAGCAAACGACAGUGUAGCAUCCUGGAGCGGCAGUGUGACAUCCUCGACCGGGAGGUUGAAGCCCAGAAGCGCCAGUGUUACAUACUGGAGAGGCGUUACACGGCGUCCGAUGAGGCGAACAAGAUGAUGUGCACGACGUUGAUGGAGAUUGCCAGAGCGAUAUGGGAUAGAUCUUGACGCCGGUGGCAUGAGGCUUGUCAAGCCGUUGAAGUGGAUUCGCCCGUGAUCUGGCCCGUCGCGAAAUG